UCAAAGAUACCCCCAACAAAGUCACACUCUCUCUCAUCACUCUCCAAACCCCCCUAAACCCCUAUUUUCCCGAGAAAAUUAUGAAUUUCCUGAAGUCCAAACAGCGUGAAUCAUCUUCACCACAACCCAAAUUCCCCCAAUUCAACCUUCAACAAGCCAUAACAGACUUCCAAAACCACUGCUAUAGUUCUCUCCAAAACCACCACCACCACCACCACACACUCUUCAACAUCCCUCUCUUCAGCCCCAAAUCCAAUCCCUAUUCUCUCAAAACCCAUCUCGAAUCCACCCUCUCAAAUCUCCAACACCACGCAAAACAAGCAAUCGAAUCAGGGUUUUCGAGCUUCCGGGUCAGCUUCGGGUCUGGUUCUUCUGGCAGAAACCCAGUAUGGGGUCGUAUUGCUGAAAGAAAUGGGGCUGGACCUGCCUGUGGAGGUGCCUUGUCAACGGAGGCUAUUGAAGAGCGGUUGGCCGGCGUGCCCGUGUACGCUCUCAGCAAUUCUUCGCAGGAAUUCGUAUUAAUUUCGGGAGUAAACACUGGGAAAUCUCUCGGGUUGUUCUGUUUCAAGGAAGAGGAUGCUGAGGCACUUCUUGAACAGAUGAAAUCCAUGGACCCCGGAAUGCGCCAAGGCUCAAAAGUGGUUGCUGUAGCUCUGAACAAGGUUUUCCAGCUUAAACUUGAUGGGGUGGCUUUUAGGUUGAUACCAGAGACGUCCCAAAUCAAGAAUGCUCUUAGGGAAAGGCAAAAGGCUGGUCUUUCUGAUGAGAGCUUCUUUGGAGUCCCAGUUUUCCAGUCAAGGAGCUUGAUAUUGAGGAGCCAAAACAAGAGAUAUCGUCCAGUUUUUUUCAGGAAGGAGGACCUUGAAAAUUCGCUUUUAAGAGCUUCCCGCCAGCAGAAACAAUUGAAUCCUGUCUUUAGAGAGGGAGAUAUACAGGUUGCUGUUCUUGAGGAUAUAAUACAAGGAAUGAAGGUGAGAAAUUUAAAUGAUAAUACUACAUCAAAGUGGCACGAUGUUGUUUUUGUCCCUCCUGGUUUUGAUGUUUCAACGGAUACCACUCAGCAAUAGGCAACUCAAAUCGUUUGGUGAAGUAGGGUUGGAUGACGUGAAGUGCUUGCCAGAAGGAUGAGAUGUACAGCUUGCAACUGGGGUAGCUACUAUCUCAAGCGAUAUGAACAUAUGAAAUGUGCUUUUCUUUUUCCCUUUCAUGAUGCAAGAGUUGUUUGUAGAUAAUAUUUCCUUUUCUGGAUCUGGUUGAACUCAUUUGAUUUUGCCUUUUUAGGGUGAGAAUUAUGGUUUCAUGAUGUAGUUUUGCUAUUGGGAUCUGAAUUCAGUUGAAUGAAAACUAUAGGCUAAAAAAGAAACUAAUAGUAACCAUGUGAACUCCUCUCCUCUUAUGAACUCAGUCAUCUAGUCUCAACUACAGAACAACAGCUAUUCUUCAAUUUUU